AUGUCGCUGGCCAGAUGUCUUUUAACUCUGGUGCUCAUCAGCUUUUUCUCACUGGAGCCUCUAGGACAUAUGAAUCUCCUUCACUUCUAUGAAGGCAGCGACAAAUUUACUCAAUGCCCUCCUAAUACUUGGUUUCAUGGCCGUAUGGUUAUUGAAUCUGUCUCUGAAAGCAUUCGCCGUCACCAUGUUAUCAGAAUAGACAGUGAUGGAAGUACCUCCAAGCUGGCCAAUGAUGCAGGCAGUAAAGGAAGAAAACACUAUGGAACUAAGGAUAUACCUGUCGUUGACCUGACUGAGGAAGACCGAGAUGUUUUCUUCGGUAAGACUUGUGGCCACCAGAGGGAAAUCCCUGAGCAGGCACACACAUCGAACGUCAGUCAAUCGUCGCCGGACGUUAUAGAUUUGAUAAGCGACUCCGAGUCCGAGUUCGACCCUGGCGACUACCUGACGGACGAGGGAAUCGAGGAACUCUUGCGAAGCUGGAACGAUGAGCAGCCAGCGUUCGUGGCAGCACCUCCAUCGCGGAGGGUGGUAAGCUUCACCUUCUACACUGGCAUGAUCUUGGAGCCGGGCAUGUCAGUCGAGCUUUGCACGGGCAGGUUUCUUCGAAUCGACCAGGUGGUCGAGGACGAUCAGGGUAUUUUUCUGCGGGGCAAACAUUUCGCUACGCUCGAAAGCCUGGGCAGUCAGUUUCCAAAGUGGAAGAGAGAACUGUGCUGGGUCGUGAGAGAAACUCCCGAUGGAGGAGAGGUGCCGGAUGAAGAUGUGCCCGUUACGGAGGUGAAGAGGAUUCGGACGAUUCACCUGACGAACCGUCGCCAUACCGAUCCCAACGGCACCCAGACACCACACUCGUGCGCCUAUUUUUGCCGUCUCAAACGAUUGAGUGUCUCUAAUACUGACGUCGCCAUUCGUUACCUGACGCCCGAGGAAGCAGACGAAGGCUUUAAAGUGCCGUCGGCUCUUCUACGGUCCAACUGGAGGGGGGAGACGCGCCCUUUUGGCAGCAUUGAUAAGCCGGCCAGAGAAAUUAUCGACGUCGAUACUGGACGCUCUGUGCAAUUGCCUGUCGACUCGAGUGACGAAAACACAAGACAGUACUCGUUUGGAGACAGCUUUUGCGGAGCAGGAGGAGUGUCGUGCGGCGCGAGAGAAGCUGGUUUAUACGUCAAAUGGGGAUUCGACCACAAUCCGGCGCCGGCGUCGACGUUUGCGAUGAAUUUCCCAAACGCCCUCUGCGAACUUGCCGAUUUCUCUGAAUUUUUGACCAUGUCGUCGAAGGAGAUACGGGUGGAUGUCUGCCACAGUUCGCCGCCAUGCCAGACCUGGUCUGCGGCGCAUACGAUUGAAUCAGCGAAUGACGAUAAGAACUCGGCGCUGAUCUUCUCGGCCUUCAACCUGAUCGGGAAAAUCAAGCCCCGGAUUCAUACGAUGGAGGAGACGGUCGGGCUGAUCGAGCGGCACAAGGAGGAGUUCAACUGUAUUGUGCACGACAUCAUCGAGCUGGGGUAUUCCAUCCAUUGCAAGGUGGUCAACUGCUGUGACUAUGGAGUUCCGCAGAAGCGAAAACGGCUAAUUUUGAUCGCAGCUGGACCGGGCGAACAACUCCCACGAUUCCCGAAGCCAACCCACGGCCCUCCAGGAUCUGGUCUGCAGCAAUAUGCGACUAUUGCGUCUGCCAUCUCUAACAUACCCGCCAACGCGGAGGACCACGAUGUGCAACGAGCACUGGAACGCGGGUUUCGCUACGGACACAAAGCGCCUUACGACCCGAAUACCUGGGCCAAGACGAUCACCUGCAGCGGGGGCGAAGGGAACUACCAUCCGAGCGGGAAGCGCAACUACACGAAUCGAGAGUACGCAUGUUUGCAGACGUUCCCGAUGGACUACAAGUUCUACGCCAAGGGGGUGGUCAAGCAGAUCGGCAACGCGGUUCCGCCGCUUCUGUCGCAGACGAUUUACCGGGCGAUCAUCCAGUCUUUGCGCGAGACGGACGAGGCAGAGAUGCGGGCUGCACGGGCGGAGGCAGAAGAACGGGCAGCACGGACUAUCUCACUCCUCUGA